ACAAUGGGAGCACAGAUGGCCCUGUGUGGGGUCGCGCUGCUCUGUGCACUGGGCCUGAGUCAGCGCCCUGUCAAGGGGGCGAGUUGCCGCCCAGGUCACUUCCUGCGCGGAUCGGGCACCGACCAGCGCUGCUGCCACUCCUGCACUCCAGAUGAGGAGACCUGUCCUGAAGGGGACUGUAUGUGUAUCCAGCCGGAAUUCCACUGUGAAGACCCUCAGUGCACAAUCUGCAAGCACCACCCGUGUCCACCUGGCCAGGAGGCAAGGCCUCACGGGAAUUUCAAGUUUGGCUUCGAGUGUGUCGACUGUGCUGUGGGUACCUUUUCCACAGGGCGAGAGGGCCGCUGCAGACCUUGGGCAGACUGUGCCCAGUUUGGGUUUCUAACCAUGUUCCCUGGGAACAAGACCCACAAUGCUGUGUGCAUCCUGGAGCCACUGCCCACUGAGCCACAUGGCCAGCUGACCAUCAUGUUCCUUGCUGUGGCCAUCUGCAUCCUUGUCCUAACUACAGCCCAGCUUAGCUUGCACAUCUGGCAGCUGAGGAAGCAGCGCAUGUGGUCUCGAGAGACACAGCCAUUCCUGGAAGUACCACUGCCACCAGCUGAGGACGCCUGCAGCUGUCAAUUCCCUGAGGAGGAGCGGGGGGAGCGGUUGGAGGAGAAGGGCCGGCUGGGGGAUCGGUGGAUGUGAGGCCUGGACGUCCUCAGGAGCAGCUGCACCCGGAGCUAGACUCAGGAGCUUGCCCAGACUGACCCUUGGGAACAAGGGCUCUGCUCUGUGUCCUGCUCUGGGCCCGGCCCUGCUCCCCUCAGUGGUGGAAGUGGGUGUAGAAUGAUGACAGUGACGAGUCCCCAGACCAUGGAGAAGGGUGGUGGCCAUGGCUCGGCCCUGUGGGAGAGACAGUUACCCAUGGCAGCCCCCCCCCUUGCCAUCUCUGCUGGGGUGGGAUCUGUGGGCCCCUCAUGGGUGUGUAUUGUCUAGUACAGGACCUGGUGCAGGUGGUGUUCAAUAAACACUUGUCCAGUGACUGGAGUGUGUAAUGGGGAUAGAGAGGGUAGAGGGCCCAGGGUUUGGCCUCUGGGCACCUUGACCACCCAUGCUAGGCACAAAGGGGAGGGAGGCAAUCGUCAGGGCCUGUCUUGACAUUCCCACUUUGAGGUGGGAAUGGGUGAUACAGUCAGAGCCAUUCUAGUCCUGGGCACAAGCACCUGGCA